GUGAUUAAAGAAGAGUGGCAAGAAUUCCAAGAAUUCCAAGUAGCUACUGUACAUCUGUUACUACUACUACCACAGUAUAGUGCCAGUUUCAUAUGUAUAUAAAUAGCUGAGUGGUUUUAAUAGCGAUGGCUACUGUAAAGAGUCUAUGGUUGAUCAGAGUUUUGCCCUUUUUCAUAAUGAUGUGGAUGGUAAACUCCCAGAAUGGUAAUUUGGUAUCAUACUCAAGAUCUACAUGCAUGUACCGCGGUGUGUCUAUCAGGUUGAUGGGGCAAGAACUGACCAGCGGUAUCAGUCAAGUUUGUCUGAGUGACAUUGGAGAGCAGCCAUCACGAGCUAAUAUAUCGGAUGGAGUACCAGACACUGUGGAGGGUACUGCCCUGGUGUGUGUCACUGACAACCCCAACUGCUGCAGGCCAGUGGACAAUCCUAAUGGUGGAGCAGUCGGAGAGUGGAGAGUAAAUGAAUUUCCAGUACCUGGUAUGAACGAAAACCCAUCAUCUCGCAUCUAUAGGAAUCGAGGUACUGGUCAGGUGCGAAUUAAUCAUCGACCUAGUACUGAAGGCACUGCGAUGAGUGUGAUUGGAGAAUACUGCUGCACGAUACCUGAUAUGAGCGGUGCCCCCCAGACACUCUGUGUUGAAGUUACCAAUGACACAAUGUGCAACUCAGGUGCUAGUACUACUAGUAACCAACUCCCACCUGUAACGUUAACAAAAACAGCUACAGGGGAAAUUACGACGGCUACUGUAAAUAGCUAUUCUACUACUGACAAUGCAACUCCAGCUGCUAACGAAUCACCUGCUACGUUCGUACUGGCUGGAAUUGUGGCAAUACUGAGUAUAAUAAUUCUACUCCUAAUUAGCCUCGUUAUACUCUUGUUCUACAAGUACAAGAGAGCCAAACAAUCACAUGAUGUAAUGGGAACACAAGAUAUAGUACAAGCGAUUGCUACGGACAUUGAUCUGAAUGAUAACCAGGCGUAUGGGAAAGCUAGAGAAGCUCAAGACAAGGCAAUGCCACAGGAGGCUGGACAAACUACUGAACUGUAUGAUUACAUACCAAAUACCCUAUUCCAAGGCCACCCUCCAGGUGCUCAAACGAGUGCUAUUGACAACAGUGAAGGAGUUGUGUCCAGUGAGGUGUAUCAGGAGAUAUCAUGAAACUGACUCCCACUUUUAAGUGCUAUGCAUACUUUUAGCGAAUUGACUGUUUUUGUGACCACAUAAUUAUGAC